CCGGGAUGCUGAAGGUUGGUGUGCUCGAGUGCGCUGUCUGAAUGAGAGUAGUCGGCGGAGUGGUUUGAGCAGUUGCAUUAGUACAAUAGUAGUGGCUCUAACCGCGCACGGCGAAGGUAUCGGUAGAAGUACGAAGUUGUCAGAGCGACACCGCGACCAAAAGAGUUCUAGCUCGGUGUUGAAUUAUUCCGAACAGUACGCGUCAUUCUGUGUUUCGAUCGACUCUCAAUUGGUGGUGACUGUUUAUUGACACCUAGUGCUCGGGCUCAGUGAUUGAUUCCAGUGUCUCGCGCAAUAUAAUCGUGGAAUAAACCAGUAUCAUUCGAUUGCUCAAAGCUAUCGCAUCUGAUUUCGUCGGUGGUGGUGUUGAAACAUAGUGGUUUUGCGAAGAAUAGUGUAGAAAGCUGCAUUUCCGUUCGUACGAGUAGUGAACGAAAAUUCUACGAUGAUCGGAACCAAACAAACACCGUUGGCGUUGACCAUCACCAUCAGCUGCUGCCUAAUAGCUCUUCUACCUGUGCACAUAUCGGCGAAUGAUAAUUUGCGGGUCGCGUAUCAAUGGAAAGAAAUUGACUUCGAGUUUCCAAAUGCAGCCGAGCGACAGGAAGCGAUCGCGACUAAGCGUUACGUUCCAGAAAAUGUGAUACCGGUCGGAUUGGAAGUCUACAAGAAGCGACUAUUUUUGACACUACCUCGAUGGAAGGAAGGUAUUCCAGCAUCCCUUGGAUACAUCAAUCUCAACGAAACUACCGCCCAAUCGCCUCGCCUGCAUCCGUACCCAAGUUGGAGUGCUCACAAGCGCACGAGCGAGACCGAGGCGCCAGAAAUUGUAUCUCCAUUUCGGAUACGAGCUGACCGCUGCGGACGCCUGUGGGUGCUGGAUACUGGGGUUGAAGAGCUGCUUGGUAACACCACCGUCGCCAGCCCAACGUCGCUCUUAGUCUACGAUCUGCACAACGACAAUCUCUUGCGAAGAUACAAAUUUCCCGCCGAUCACCUCAAGGAGAAUUCCUUCUACGCCAACAUUGCGGUGGAAGACACGGAUUGUGAUGACACGUUUGCAUACGCGGCUGAUCUCGGCAGCCCGGGACUGGUGGUGUACUCCUGGAAGCAACAGGAAUCGUGGCGCGUGAAGCAUCACUACUUCCAUCCCGAUCCGCUCGCUGGCAACUAUAACAUCACCGGCAUCAACUUCCAGUGGGACGACGGCCUAUUCGGCAUUGCGCUCAAGCCACAAUCGGACGGCUACGCUACGCUUUACUUCCACCCGCUCAGCUCGCUGAAUGAGUUUUCCGUGUCAACGAAAGUGCUGCGCAACCAAACGUAUGCCACCGACCCGUCCAACUACCAUGAGUUUAAGAUACUGGGAUCGCGCGGCCCAAAUGGACAGGCGGGUGUGGCGUUCGUCGAUCAGAAAACGGGUGUACUUUUUUACGCCCUGCCCAACCUAAAUGCCGUCACGUGCUGGAAAACGUCGAACCGUGCGUACACAAUCAAAUCGCUCGGACGGGUAUACAUGAGCACCGUCGAUAUGGUGUUCCCCAACGACGUGAAGGUGGAUGACGAAAGCAACCUCUGGGUGCUGUCGGAUCGACUCCACCAGUACAUGUAUGAGUCGCUGAAUCGAAACGAUAUCAACUUCCGUGUUCUUACGGCAACGGUUAAAGACGCGAUACAAAACACGGCUUGUGAUACGAAUAUUAAGCCGUUGCCAGACAUCAUUACCAAUCUGGGUGACAUUCUGCGACCCUCGACGAGCACCGUGGCACCCAAGACGGGUUCUAGUGGUGCCGGUUCAUCGCACCUAACUACCAGCGCGCUGGCUCUGUUUUCGAUGCUUGUCGUCCUGUUAACGGGUUUCUCCUGCUUCAGGAUAUAGAGACGCAGUGUUCCAAUAUUAUUCUCUCUGUUUGCCGAGCAACCAGAAUCAGGGAUACAUGUUAGAUAUUGCUACGACGAACGAAGUUGUGUACUUACUAUUUUCGUCUG